CGGUCCCUGCUGCCGGUGGGCGCCGGGGCGGGACAUCUCUCCCGGAAGGGGCGGGGCUUCCCUUGGUCCUCCUCUUCCGGAGGAGCUCCGCCUCUCCUCUCCCUGCCUUCCCUCCGGCUCCGGCUGCCACUCCGUCCGCCUCGCCAUGGCCCCCUGGAACCCUCUCAGCCGCCGCAUGGCCCAGCUCCUCCUCUCGCCCCGGUGCCUGCCGCCCCUUUCCGCCCGCGCAGGCUCCUGGUGGGCUCAGGUGGAGAUGGGCCCCCCCGACCCCAUCCUUGGCGUGACGGAGGCCUUCAAGCGCGACACCAACAGCAAGAAGAUGAACCUGGGAGUCGGUGCGUACCGCGAUGACAACGGGAAGCCCUACGUCCUGAACUGCGUCCGCAAAGCGGAAGCCCAGAUCGCAGCCAAGAAGCUGGACAAGGAAUACCUGCCCAUCGCUGGCCUGGCAGAGUUCAACAAGGCUUCGGCGGAGCUGGCCCUUGGAGAGACAAACGAAGUUAUUCAGCGGUAUGUCACUGUGCAGACAAUUUCUGGAACGGGAUCUCUCAGGGUUGGUGCCAACUUCUUGCAACGUUUUUUCAAGUCCAGCCGCGACGUCUACCUGCCCAAACCCUCCUGGGGGAACCACACUCCCAUCUUCAGAGAUGCAGGGAUGCAGCUGCAAAGCUACCGGUACUACGACCCCAAAACCUGCGGCUUUGAUUUCUCUGGGGCCUUGGAUGACAUUUCUAAAGUUCCAGAGAAGAGCAUCAUCCUCUUCCACGCUUGCGCUCACAACCCAACCGGAGUGGACCCUCGGCCUGAGCAAUGGAAGGAGUUGGCAGCUGUUGUGAAGAAAAGGAACCUCUUUGCCUUUUUCGACAUGGCCUACCAGGGCUUUGCCAGCGGGGACAUAAACCGGGACUCCUGGGCUGUCCGCCACUUCAUUGAGCAAGGCAUCAACGUUGUGCUCUCCCAGUCCUACACUGGGCUUGUAUGGGGAGCGGGUGGGGGCCUCACGGUGGUCUGCCAGGACGGGGAGGAGGCCAAGAGAGUGGAGUCCCAGCUGAAGAUCCUCAUCCGCCCCAUGUACUCCAACCCCCCCACAAUGGGGCACGGAUCGCCCCACCAUCCUGAACACCCUGAUCUGAGGAAGGAGUGGCUUGUGAGGUGAAGGGGUGGCCGACCGCAUCAUUGGGAUGCCACCCAGCUGGUGGACAACCUGAAGAAGGAGGGCUCCUCUCAUAACUGGCAGCACAUCACGGACCAGAUCGGCAUGUUCUGCUUCACGGGGCGAAGCCUGAGACAGGUGGAGCGGCUGACCAGAGUCUCCGCAAUGACGAAGAACGGCCCAUCUCUGGCAGGGGUCACCUCUGGCAACGUCGCUUACCUGGCCCACGCCAUCCACCAGGUCUCCAAGUAAACCCGGUGCACCCAGCCAGAUCACUCCAACAGCCUCCCUUGGGCCUCUUUGGACACUUUGGCUGCCGGUUGCAGGGGAGGAAGAAGAGAGGAGAGGCAGUGACGUUGCCCAACAAACGGUUUUGUUUCCCCUGAGCACUUAAAAAACACUGCUGAAUGUAUUUCUGGUGCAGCCCUGCCUCCCCUCCUUUAAGAUGUGUCUCUCUGGGCUUUAACCAAAAAUGGAGCCUUUCAUCCUUGUAAUAUUUUUUGUAGAGGUUGCGGUGGGAAAUGCUGUAGUGAAUGUUUGCCGGUAGGCCUUGUCACGGGCGGCCGUGUCGCCCAAAGGUUGUGUGCCACUUGCUUUGUGGGAGUUGAGGGCCAGGCCUUCCCUCUGCCCUGGGAUUGGGGGGUCCCCAGACAGACUCCUAAGCUCCUUUCUGUGCAGAAAAGCACCAAGUUUGCAAAAUUUCUCCCCCUCCCUCUCAGAAAACCUCAACAACCUUAAAAGGCCCAGUUGCUUUCAAAGGAAGGCAGGUGGGGCUGUUCCUGCGUCUGCAUUUCUUUCCGGGAGGAGGUGCAGGCCAAGAGUCAUGGCCUUACCUUCUGCUUUCUCACAGAUUUAGGGCCUCAGUCCCUAUUUUUGUGCCUCUGGGGAACUGGGUCACAGCCCCAGGAUGGCAGUUACCUCCCUUCUUGCCAAAACACGUUUGCACCAUUCCAAUCAUAGGUAGGUAGGCUGGUGGUAGCAUUUUGCUUUGAAGCCAAAUAAAAGGCAGACAAUAGAAUAAAGUUCCUACUGCUGUUUUGGCAUUCAGGUAACAGAUAAAUUGCAUUGCUUGGGAUUUAGGAAAGCUCUGUUAAUUCAGUUCUGUCCCAGAUUUCCUUUUUCCCCAUGUGAUUCUUGCAGUCGUUGGGCAAAAGUAAAGCUCCUCUGUGAAACUGA